AUUAGUUUACAAGACUUAGUUAUUAGCUCUUAGCUUAACUAUACAUAAUCUAUCUACAUAUUUCUAGUUUUUUUCAUACAUGAAUUAAUAUGCUUACAGCAUGUGUCAAGUAGACCAGAAUCAAAUUUAGCUUAUUCAUUAAAUGAUGUAAAAGCAUUAACCUGUUGGAUCCCGUAGCCGCACAGUUGCGACUGAGGCAAGUGUGCAGUCGUGGCCCGUUGCCGUACUGUUGCAGCCGCGCGCAGAGCGUUUUAUUUUUGCGUUUUCUUCAACUCAAUUCGCUAAAUUAAAUGACGUUCAAUUUACCGGGUUACUCGGGAGAACACUGGCUUUCUCGUGAGGUAUAUUUUGUUUCGCGCUACGAUACUUGGCAGCCUGUUUUUACUCUAAACGUCGAGGCGUUUCAGCCGGUUGCUGUUGUUUGUACACAAUAAUUAUGGCUUCGCGUAAGCAUGAGUUGUUUGAUCAAGAUAUUAAUGAAUUAUUGGGCAGUGAGUUUAGUGAACUAUCUGAUAGUGACGACGAAAGUGAUGUGGAUAUUUUCAGUCGUGUAAGAAGUGGUGAUUUUAUUUUUAGUGAACUAGUUCGUGAUGCAGACUUCAACCACGAUUUAGGUUAUCUCGAUGAACCAGUACCAGGACCAUCAGGUGAUACUGUUUAUUCAAAUAAUCGUCCAAAUAAGCCUACUUUGGAUAGUGUUGACUUGGUAAUAAACGAGGUAGUUCAAAAUUAUAAUCCCAGAAAUGACUUUACUGGUAAUGAAGGAACUGAAUGUAGGCCUAACCUCAAACGUAGAAAGCUACCUCCAAUUACCUAUCCCUGGGUGAAUGAUACCAACUUUAUUCCGCACAUAUUUCCAUUUGACAGCUCAAAAUCUGGAAUAAAUGCUGAUUCUGGAAUAAGUAAGGAAUCUACAAACCUAGAUUUUUUCUUGUCGUUGUUUCCAAUGGAAUUAGUAUCACACAUUGUUGAGCAGACUAAUCUCUAUUUUCAUGAAGUCGUUUCUAAGCUGCCCAAUGUUUCUAGAUCUGAAAUUGAUAAUUGGUACAAUACCAAUGAGAGUGAAAUGUUAUGCUUUUUAGCAUUGUGUAUCCUGAUGUCCCAUGUGAGAAAAAAUAAAAUAAAAGAGUACUGGUCUACCAAUACAGUAAUUCAAACACCAUUCUUCGGUCAGGCAAUGAGUCGAAACAGGUUUCUAAUACUGUGUAGAAUGCUGCAUUUCAACAACAGUAUUGUUACAAACUCUAAAACCUUAGGAAGAUUACAUAAGAUAAACCCUAUUCUCUGUUCUAUAAACAAAUCAUUUACUGACAAUUUCACUCCUUAUGAGAAUCUUGCAUUGGAUGAAACAAUUUUCUUGUGGAAAGGUAGGCUACUUUUUCGCCAGUAUAUUCCUAGUAAGAGAGCAAGAUUUGGCAUAAAACUGUUUAUCAUAUCUGAUUGCAAAACAGGAUACGUUCUAAAUGUUUUACCAUAUAUUGGUUCUGAAACUCAGCUAAAUUUUGAAGACCUCAGUGAUAAAGUAGGUAUGUCAGGUCAGGUAGUGUUGACUCUUACAGAAUCUUUUUUCAAUCUUGGACACAAACUGUACCUUGAUAACUGGUAUGUCUCACCCUCAUUAGCAGAAGAACUAUUUAGUAAAAGUACAAAUAUGUGUGGAACAUGCUUGCCAACAAGGCGUGGUGUUCCAAAAGAAGGCCUAAAAAAAUUGAAAAAAGGGGAAACGGAUUCACAUCAUGCACAAUUUAUGUUAUAUGAACGUUGGCUAGAUCAACGGGAGGUUAGGGUUUUAUCAACAAUGCAUGAACAUGGUAUGAAAGAAACUGGUAAACGUGAUCCCCAUACUGGUCAAAAGAUUGUAAAACCCGUUAGUGUUCUGGAUUACAAUCAGCACAUGGGUGCAGUUGAUGCAGGUGAUAUGCAGUUGUCGUUCAACGAAACCGCUCGGAAGUCAUUGAAGUGGUACAAAAAACUGUUUUUCCAUUUGUUAGAUGUAACCAUACGUAAUGCAUACAUUUUGCAGCAUCAAAUGACAGGAAAAAUUCCUCAACUAUCAGAAUUCCGUAAGGAAUUAGUGAGAGAAAUCAUUGAGAAACAUUGUGAGAUGAAAAAAGACAAAAGAGGAGGUCGACCUUCAGCAAAUAUUACACCACUUAGACUGACACAAUGUCAUUUCUUGGAGCCAAUUCCAGCAACUGUAAACAAAGACAGGCCCAGGCGAAAAUGUCAUGUUUGUGCCAACACGACCAGAAGACCACAAAGAAGGCAAGACACUUACUUCAUGUGUAUCCCCUGCAAUGUGUCUCUGUGUGUACACCCAUGUAUGAUGGAAUACCAUACUUAUAGGAACUUUUAGGCCUAAACCAUACUCUGGACCAUGUAAAUAAAGUUUUGUUCUAAUAUUAUUUAUUUAGUUUGUUUAUCCUAGUCUUAUUGAUUUAUAAAAAAUAAACUUACACUUGGAAUCAA